AUGGACGAGGACAACGGCAGUGCCGACGUGUCGCUGAGCGAGCUGCAGCUCAGCCUGAUGCGCGUGCUGUGGGCGCGCGGCGAGGCCAGCACGGCCGACGUGGCCGAGGCGCUGCGCAGCGAGCGCGACCUGGCGCACACCACCGUGGCGACGCUGCUGACGCGCCUGGAAAAGCGCGGCCUGCUGAGCAGCCGCCGCGAGGCCCGCGCGCUGCUGUACACGCCCCUCGUCAGCGAGGCCGAGGUGCAGCGCUCCAUGGUGGGCAGCCUCGUCGACAGCCUGUUCGCCGGCCGCGCGAGCGCGCUGGUCAGCCACCUGCUGGACGCUCGCGGUGUGGACGCCAAGGAGCUGGCCGAGCUGCAGGCGCUGCUGAAGCAACGCAAGGGAGACGCCCGAUGA